AUGGCUAAAGUCCGGCAUGCUAAGCCCAGGCGAUGGACCUUCUCCUUUGCUGCUCUGUCACUACUAUGCCUGGCUGUUCAAGCAGUCCAGAAGGCAGAUCUCAGUGGAGAUUCCACAGUGGCUACCAUCAACCACUCACUGUCAUUGCUGCAACGAUUACAAGAGCUCCUGCACAACAGGAACUCCAGUGACACCACCUUGAGAGUGCACACUGCUGGCUCUGAUGAAAUCAAAGUCUUUCACACCCACCAGUUGAUGCUCAGCUUGCAGAGCAAGAUCUUUGAGAGCCUCCUGCACAACCAAACAGUACUCACUCUGCAUGAGCCACCUGACAGUGCAGCCCUUUUUGAAAAGUUCAUUAGAUAUCUAUACUGUGGUGAGAUAUCCAUCCUCCUCCAUCAAGCCAUCCCGCUUCACAGAUUAGCCAGCAAAUACAGUGUCUUUAGCUUGCAACGAGGGGUAGCAGAGUAUAUGAAAAGCCACCUGGCCAGUGAGUCGAACCAGGGCCAUGUGGUAGGCUGGUACCACUAUGCAGUGAGAAUUGGUGAUGAGGCUUUACAGGAGAGCUGCCUCCAGUUCCUGGCUUGGAACUUCUCUGCUGUGAUGAGUAGUGCUGAGUGGGCCUCAGUCAGUGUAGAUCUCCUGCUGCUGUUGCUUGAACGGUCUGACCUGGUUCUGCAGAGCGAGUUGGAGCUGUACACAGCUGUAGAGGAGUGGGUUGCCACACACCAGCCUGAGGACCCUGUAGUAGAGAAGAUGUUGAGAUCCCUGCGCUACCCUAUGAUCUCCCCCAGCCACCUUUUCCACCUUCAGAAGCAGUCUCCAGUGAUGGUGAAGUACUACAGUGCUGUGCAAGUUCUGCUCUUCCAAGCCUUCCAGUUCCAUUCUGCCUCCCCAAUCCACUUUGCUAAAUACUUUGAUGUCAACUGCAGCAUGUUCCUGCCCCGCAACUACCUCUCCACUUUUUGGGGCUCCCAAUGGGUUAUUAACAACCCAGCGCGGGAUGACCGUAGCACAAGUUUCCAGACUCAACUGGGACCCAGCAACCAUGACUCUGCCAAACGUGUGACUUGGAAUGUUCUAUUCUCCCCACGUUGGCUUCCAGUCAGCCUACGUCCUGUCUACUCUGACUCUGUCUCUGGGGCCAUCCAAUCUAUCAGGAUUGAGGAUGGGCGCCCCCGCCUGGUUAUCACUCCGGCCACAACUAGCUCUGACUUUGCUGGAGUUAGUUUCCAGAAGACCAUUCUGGUAGGCAUGAGGCAGCAGGGGAAAGUCUUUGUCAAACACGCCUACAGCUUCCACCAGAGUACAGAUGAAGUGGCCGAUUUCCUGGUGCACGCUGACUUGCAGAAGCGCACCUCUGAAUACCUCAUUGACAACUCUCUGCACCUGCAUAUCAUCGUCAAGCCAGUUUACCAUUCGCUGAUCAAGGUCAAAAAGUAAAAGGAAGUGGGGAGAGACAGGGAACAACAGGGGAAAAUGAUUACUAGGUUGCAUUGAUGAACAGCAACAAAUCCAAUACAAAACUGGCUGACACAGGCUAUGCAUUUUAUAAUCUAUGCACCCCAGAGUAGACUCUUUUAGAGAGGCCUAGGGUGCUUCUUUCAUAAAAAUAACUUCUGCCCCUGCAAAUCAUGGGACUUUUUUUUUGAUAGAUAGGAAAUUAAAACAUAUGUCAUGGGAGGGGGGGUUCCCUUAUCUCCAUUUCAACUGCUUAUGUUAAGUUCUCUUCCAUCUUAUUUAAAGGCUGCAAUCCUAUAUAUGCUUAUCUGGGAGCCAGUCACACUGAAUUUAAUAUGACUUACUUCUG